AUGUCUUCAAGUGAGGAUAUAAUUCAAGACAUUAAGAAAAAGAUUGAAAGGGAGAAAAACAUACUUCUGUCUUCUCUCAAAAUCAAGAAGAAUACUAACAACUCCCAACUAAUUUCGAAAUGUAACAAUAGUAUUAGAGAAGCAAGACAGAACUUGAAUUAUUUGGAGGAAACCUUAAAAAAUUUAUCCAUAACCAAUCAAACUAAACCCUCUAGUUUAUCUGAUUCGAUAUCAAAUCAAUUUUCCUCCAAUUCUAAAGGAUCAACUUAUUCUCCUUCAAAUUUUUCAACUUCAAUAUCCUAUGACUCUCCAGCCAAUUCGGACAUUUCAAACACAAACAUCAAUUUUAAUCGAAAUAUUCCCUACAAUCCCAAUAAUGAACCGACUAAUAAUAAAUUGGACAAAAAUUUCAUGGAAUUUAAUCAAAACUCCUUUAAAAAUUUAGGCCCUGCUAUUUCUAAUACUGAGUUAACUAAAUAUAACAAUAACAUUUCAGCCACUCCAUUAAAUUUCACUAGAUUAGAUCUUUUAAAGUAUGAUUGUCCUUCACUAGGACAUAGAAUUCAAUACAUGUUACAACAGCUAAAGUUUAAAUUACAAAUUGAAAACCAGUACAAAGAAGGCACUGAAAAAAUGGUUCGAUUAUAUGAACAUGAUGGUGAUAGACACUCAUCUUCUGUUGCAGCUGGUGGUAGAAUUGAAAUCAAUCAAAAAAUUCCUCUUCUUAAACGUGCGUUGAAAAGAUAUAAUGACAUGCAUUUGGAUAUUGGAGAAGUUGCUAAAGAAACUGAACUAUUAAACACAUCCAAGCUAAAUAGAAUUCCUAUAUCUGGUGUCCUCACUAUCAGAAUUUCAAGCGUCAAGGAUGUUGACCAUAUUACAACCUCCAGCCGUUUCAGCAAAAAGAUUGAAUCCGUAAUUUUAAUAAAGAUAGAUGAUGAUUUAAAAGCUAAAACAAAAGUUAUCAAAAAUGAUAAAUGGAAUGAAGAGUUUCAGAUUUAUACUGACAAGGGAAACGAAAUUGAGUUGUCCGUUUGUGAUAAAAUUAAUGAUCGUUUAGUUCCAGUCGCCAUUAUGUGGUUUAUGUUAUCUGAUGUUAUUGAAGAAAUUAGAAAAAAAAAAGUUAUUCAAGGUAAUUCUGGCUGGGUUGCUGCUUCUAAGAUGCACAAUCAACAAUUCUCUAGUAAUUCUAAUGGACCUUCUCCCAUUAAACAAGAUUCCCCCAAACAAUCAUCUUUUGAUAUUCCCACAAUAACAUCUAUGGCAACCAAUCCGACUUCUACUGUCAACCCCUCUGUUUCAUCAACAGAAAAUCAACAAAUAACUAGUAGUAAUUGGUUUAUUUUAGAACCAGCAGGUCAGAUCCUAUUAACUUUAGCUUUUCAAAAGACAAGUGAGAAAUCUCAUAAAAAUCCUACCAACCUUGGUGCUUUGGGUAGACAUGGCGCUAUCAGACAAAGAAAAGAAGAAGUCUUUGAGCAACAUGGUCAUCAAUUUACUCAAAGACAAUUUUAUAAUAUUAUGCAAUGUGGUUAUUGUGGUGAAUUCUUAAGAUAUACAUGUUUUCAAUGUCAAGAUUGUAGAUUUUUAUGUCACAAAAAGUGUUAUCAAAACGUUGUAACUAAAUGUAUUUCUAAAUCUUCAUUUGAUAUUUCGGAUGAAGCUAAAUUGAAUCAUAGAAUCCCUCAUAGAUUUGAACCUGUUUAUAAUAAAAGCACAAAGUGGUGUUGUCAUUGUGGUUUUAUCUUGCCUUUUGGAAAAAAAAAUGUUAGAAAAUGCACUGAAUGUGGAAUAAUGUGUCAUGCUAAUUGUGCCCAUUUGGUUCCCGAUUUUUGUGGAAUGAGUAUGAAAAUGGCUAAUGAAGUUUUGAAAACUAUUCAAUCAACUAAUAAUUCGGUGGUCAGCCCUCGAAGGAAAAAAAUUGCUAAACCACUUAUGAAUACUCAAGAUUCUGAUGUUUUAAACAAUCCAAAUCGUAAUUCUUACAUUUCUCAGAACGAUCGAGUCAAAUCAAACAAGAAAUUUACUUCAAAUCAAAUCAUUCCAUCAAUCAAUAUUCAAACAGAUUAUGAUAAGUCUGAUGAUUUUAAUACAAACACAUCUUCUACUAAUGUCCUAAUUGAAAGCGAAUCUCAAAUAACAAAUGAUCCAACAAUUACUUCGCUUUCACCAGAACGAAAAAAGAAAAUUUCUUACUCUGAUUCAUCUUCAGAAAAUCAGUUUGAUAACUAUUCCUACUCAAAUCAAUAUACCCCUACCUUAAGAAAGCCUCCAUCUUCAUAUGAACCUCAAUCUCCUGAACCUUCAAAUCAUGAUCAAUCACCGACUGAUGGUUUUGUGCCUUUACCCAAACAUCAAUCAUUAAAUCAACUGCAAUUCAAUUCUGAUGUAAUUUAUCAUUCGGACACUCAUAGCAAUGGUCAAUUUGAACCAGAGGGGUCUACUUUGCAAAACAAGUUAUCUGACUAUUCUGCUGAUCCUCAGAAACAAGAAACCACUUAUAUUAACCCACAAACUAAUUUAUUUUCAAAUGAAAUCAAAAAUCUGCACAAUACACCAGAACAACAAAUCUCUAACAUCGAUCAUCAUCGUAAACAUCGUCGCCGCAAAGUUGGGUUGGACGAUUUCCAGUUUUUAGCUGUUUUGGGAAAGGGGAAUUUUGGUAAAGUGAUGUUAGCAGAAUCUCGUCAUACUCAUAAAUUGUGCGCCAUCAAAGUUUUAAAAAAAGAUUUCAUUCUAGAACAUGAUGAAGUUGAAAGUACAAUGUCGGAGAAGAGAGUAUUUUUGGCUGCCAACAGGGAAAGACAUCCAUUUUUAAUUAAUUUGCAUUGCUGCUUUCAGACUGAGAAUAGAAUAUAUUUUGUAAUGGAGUACGUUCCCGGCGGUGACUUGAUGUGGCACAUUCAAAAGCAGAGAUUUUCCCAAAGACGAGCUCAAUUCUACGCUGCAGAAGUUUUGUUAGGACUAAAGUAUUUUCAUGAUAAUGGUAUUAUUUAUCGUGAUUUAAAACUAGAUAACAUUAUGCUUGCUCCUGAAGGCCAUAUUAAGAUUGGAGAUUAUGGUUUAUGUAAAGAAGAUAUGUGGUAUGGAAAUACAACUUCCACUUUUUGUGGAACACCAGAAUUCAUGGCUCCAGAAAUUUUAAAAGAACAAAAGUAUGGAAAGGCAGUUGACUGGUGGGCUUUUGGUGUUUUAUUGUAUCAAAUGUUAUUGGCUCAAUCGCCCUUUAAAGGUGAUGAUGGAGACGAAGUCUUUAAUGCAAUUCUAACUGAUGAACCUCUUUAUCCCAUUCAAAUGGCUAGUGACGCAGUGUCCAUACUCCAAGCACUUUUACACAGAGAUCCUGAAAAGAGAUUAGGUGCUGGUCCUCGAGAUGCUGAGGAGGUUAUGAAUCAUCCAUAUUUUAAAAAAAUAAACUUUGACGAUGUUUUACACAAACGUACAAAACCCCCUUAUAUCCCUGAAAUCAAGUCAGAAGUUGAUGUAUCUAAUUUUGAUGAAGAGUUUACAUCUGAAACCCCUAAGUUAACUCCUGUAAAUUCGUUGUUAACCUCUGAUAUGCAAGAAAAAUUUCGUGGAUUUUCCCAUAUGAGUGAUGAAAUGCUAGUAUUACCUCAAAUCCAAAAAUCUUAA